AUGACCCUGCGCUCCGCCGAGUCCCUGGAGAGCGCGGAGAGCUCCCGAGAGCGCUGGGGGCACCGGGGGGCGGCGGCGCCCGUUGCCGAGGAGUCCCGUGAGGCGGUGCAGCUGGCAGCGGCUAUGGAGGAGCUGCGGCGGGCAGGAUGGUACUGGGGCAACAUGACUGUUGCUGAAGCCAAAGAGAAAUUACAGGAUGCCCCCGAAGGAACCUUUUUGGUUAGGGAUAGUUCGCAUUCAGAGUAUCUACUGACUAUUUCAGUAAAAACAUCAGCAGGACCGACCAAUCUACGUAUAGAAUAUCAAGAUGGCAAGUUUAGACUGGAUUCUAUUACUUGUGUCAGAUCUAGACUUAAACAGUUCAACAGCGUUGUGCAUUUGAUUGAGUACUAUGUUCUUAUGUGCAAGGACAGAACUGAAACGCCUUCAAAUGGAACAGUUCAUCUUUACUUGAACAAACCCCUCUAUACGUCCACUCCAUCUCUUCAACACCGCUGCAGAAUAGCUAUAAACAAGAGUACAAAUCAGAUCUGGGAGCUGCCAUUACCAACAAGACUAAAAGAGUACUUGAAAGAGUAUCAAUACCAGGUAUAAAUAUAUUUUCUAAAUGCCUCUAACAUAGAGUAACUUUUGAAUGCAAUUCUUAAAAUCAGCCAAAGAACUGAGUAACCAGCUGUACAACUCCACAUGGAAUUCAAUAUCAAAACAGUGGCAGUUCCAGGGAAAAGGUUUUUAUUUCAGAUGCCACAAAGGGAGACUUUAUGUAGAAUAAUCCCAACUUGUGUCCUUGGGGGUUCAACAAGGUGGCAUGCUAUUCUUGCAAGGAGAGAGAAGUCAGGAAUCUGUCCAGAUUGUGUUGCUUUGUCAAUGGCAUAAAAUGCUGCACUAACUAUCAAAUGCUUACUGAAGCAGUGGGACUGGGAGAGACUGCAGAAGUGGUCAGAGAGGUAUGAGAGUUCACAAGUAUCUCACUUGUCUGAUUCCAAGAUUAAUUUGGUGCUGGUGUUCAUAUAAUCCUAAAAGCUUAACUAGAUCACACUGUGAUAAUCUUGCUGAAGUUAUGCAACUAAUCAAAUACAAUCAGAAAAUGAUCAUGUAUUCAGUUUUAUUGAACUAUUCUCCUGCUUUUCUGCAAGCAAAGGAGUACUGUAAGUAAUCAGUUUAAAACAUUGUUUUUCAAAGUUCUCUAAAGGCUGACCUUAAGAAGAAAUGCCACAUCUUUCACAGGAACCCAGUAUGUUGCUGAUUAUACAAGACUGGUAUCCCAGAAUCCUUAACAUGUUAACAUCUUCACAGUGGUGAUAUAUCCAUGUUAUUACUAUUAAGCCUCUUUUGGCUGAGGCUUUAAGACUAUAGGCUGCAGACUUGCAGUUGCUCAGUUCCAAUGUCAAAACAUGGAUAUCAGCAGUUACAGCUGUCUUUCUACAGUGUAGAAUGUUUUCUUCAGCUUGUUUCCCAAAAUAUGGGGAAAUAGGAUUUGGGUUUUGUUUGUUGGGUUGUUUUAGGUUUUGGGUCUUUUUUUGUUUGUUUGUUUGUUUGUUUUUGAGGUGGUUGGGUUUCUUUUUUUUUUUUUUU